GGCGUGGCUAAAAGAUGUCUGUCAUCUUCUAUUAUGACAUUGUAUGUCCUUUUGCCUAUAUGGCGAGUCAUCUCGUCGAAGCAGCUGUGACACGAGCUGGAGGAGUAGUCAAAUGGACUCCAGUACUGCUGGGUGGGCUAUAUAAAGAAACUAAGGCUCCCCAGGGGAAGGAUGGUUCUUCAAUGGAUGUCAUGGCAGCAUCGAAACUGGCUAUCUCUUCUCAAGAUUUGAAGCGUCAGAUGUAUCGCUAUGGGUUACGAGACUCCUCCCCUCACCAUCAGCCUCAGAAGACCCUCCACGCUAUGAGAGUACUAGCUGGUAUUGAUGACCAUAGCCUCAGGGUGGAGCUGUCUAAAGAAUUUUAUAAAGCCUAUUGGCAGGAAGGUCUUAAUAUGGAGGAGCAUGUUUCUAUUCAGUCAGUAGCUGAUAGAGUCAUUCCUGGCAUUGAUGUAUCCAAGAUGGCCGUUGAUUCAAAGUGUUCCACAAACCUCAAGGAAAACACUCAAGAAGCAGCUGCCAGAGGAGCCUUCGGAGUACCAAGUUAUUAUGUCAAGGAUCAGUUGUUUUGGGGCGUUGAUAGACUUCAUUUCGUUGAGAGGUUACUUGGAAAGAAAGAUGCUGGCCCUGAAAGACUAGCAUAUCCUUCACCAAAUGGUGGUACAGCAGAUCUUACAUUCUUCUUUGAUUAUUCCAGUCCCUGGGGUUACCUUGGCAACGAGCAGCUGGGUAGAACAGUACAGUCAGUCUCACCUGUAUCAGUUCACAUACACUAUGUACCGAUACUUCUUGGUGCUCUCUUUAAUAAGAUUGGCACUCCAGUGGUUCCCUUACAAGCAAUGGCUCCAGCUAAACAGAGAUACUAUGCAAUGGAGUUACAACAUUUUGCAAAAGAGGCCAACGUCCCUUUUCAAUAUCCUGACUUCUUCCCUUUAAGAUCUGUCCUUCCUUUAAGAGUAACACUAGCAGCUAAUAAUGACCCAUCACUCAUCGAUAUACUGUACAGAGCAGUAUGGAGGGAUAAUAAGAAUAUCAGUGACCCUCAGAUCCUGUCACUGAUAUUGGAGGAGAAUGGUUUCCCUGCUUCUCAGCUACUCCAAGCCGCACAGAGUCAGCCUAUAAAAGACCAGCUGUUUGCAAAUACAGAGAAAGCUGUUUCUGAAGGUGUUUGUGGAGUCCCGACUUUCAGAGUAAAUGAUGGACCUUUGCUAUGGGGACAAGACAGACUCCAUGUUGUUGCUGACAUGCUGUGUGGCUGGAAAGAGGAAGAUAUCCUCUCCAGCAAACUUUGAAGAAUAAUUAUUAUACAAUAAUCUUUUUUUAAUGUCUUGCACGACCAUUUUUAUUUGAUAAUAAUCUUUUUUGUUGAGUGGAGAGAAUUUA